ACAUGAAUGUCGUUGAUCUUUCUUCACAUGGUAAAAGUCGAGGGUUUAGAAAGACGUCAGAAGUGUCCAAAGUAGAAAACUCCAAUAAUGAGAAUGAUAAAAACUAGGAUUGGUCCAGCGCGGAACUAAAUUCCCCCUCUCAAACGGUUCUUUUAGGGUGUGUCUGCUCACGGUUGUGCUUUCCUUCAGAGCAAUUUUUUCGUAUCUGAAGAAGAAUUCAGUGCAAGAAUGGAUCUUUUCAGAAGGAAACCCACGGCUAAAGAUGCCCUCCGCACAAGCAAGCGGGAGAUGGCGGUUGCAACAAGAGGUAUUGAACGUGAGAUUACAACACUGCAAUUAGAGGAAAAAAAACUUGUUGGUGAGAUUAAAAAGACUGCAAAAACUGGAAAUGAGGCUGCCACAAAAAUUUUAGCUCGCCAACUUAUUCGGUUGAGACAACAAAUUGCUAACCUGCAAGGUAGCCGUGCACAAAUGCGUGGAGUGGCAACACAUACGCAGGCUAUGUAUGCCAAUACUUCUGUUGCUGUGGGUAUGAAAGGUGCCAGCAAAGCAAUGGCAGCUAUGAAUAAGCAAAUGGAACCGGCAAAGCAGGCAAAGGUGAUGCAAGAAUUCCAAAGGCAGACAGCACAGAUGGAUAUGACGACUGAGAUGAUGUCAGAUUCAAUUGAUGACGCUCUUGAUAAUGAUGAGGCAGAAGAGGAAACCGAGGAGCUUACCAACCAGGUUCUGGAUGAGAUUGGAAUUGACAUUGCUUCACAGUUGUCAGCGGCACCAAAAGGGAAGAUUGCUGGAAAGAGAGCACAAAAUGUUGGCAGUUCAGAGGUGGACGAUCUAGAGCAGAGGUUGGCAGCCCUUCGAAAUGCUUGAUUGAUGGUGUGCACUUGUUAUGCUGUGCGAUAUUCCCCUUUGUAAAUGGAGAAACAUGCUUGGAGAUAUUGACUUUGACAGUAAUGUGAGGAGAAAGUUGAAAAUGCCUUUCUUUUGUAAAUGAAUUAGCCAGUGGUAUAUUAAUGUUUCUAGCUAGACAAUAGAAUGCAAUGGAUACUUAUUCACAACAUUGGGAUGCCAAAUUACUUCCAUUUAGACUUGAGCAUCAUAAUUUCAAACAUGCUUGGAGAUAUUGAGAGUAAUGUGAGGAGAAGCUUGAAAAUGCCUCUCUUUUGUAAAUGAAUUAGCCAGUGGUAUAUUAAUGUUUCUAGCAAGGCACUAGAAUGUGAUGGAUAUUUAUCAUGUCACAACAUUGGGAUGCCAAAUUACUUCCAUUUAGACUUGAGCAUUAUAAUUUCUCA